UAGAAAAAGACUGGACUCGCGUCUCUCAUUUGUUCAACAACUGCAGCUUCUAACGCGUGCACCUCAUUUUGCCCAAUAAUAAAAGACAUGCCUCAAUUUGAGCUUUCCCUUGGAUUCCUACUUUAAACCUGAAAAAUCUCAGACAAAACCCCUCUCUCUCUCUCUAAAAGUGUGAAAGUCGGUUUCUCUCACUGGAAAGUAAAAGAGACCCAUUUGUUCAGUCAUUUGCAUAUAUGGUCUCAAAUCCUCAGCCAAGGAGAGGGCUUCUGUAAGGAAACAAAGUGGGUUUCUCUCAGUAGAAUCUGCAGAGGUUGGCAAUGGCGGGUUACAGGGCUGAGGAUGACUAUGACUAUCUAUUCAAGGUGGUUUUGAUUGGGGACUCCGGUGUGGGUAAAUCCAACUUGCUCUCUAGGUUUACCAGGAAUGAGUUCAGUUUGGAGUCUAAGUCCACCAUCGGGGUUGAGUUCGCUACAAGAAGUUUGAAUGUUGAUGGAAAGGUAAUCAAGGCUCAGAUUUGGGACACUGCAGGACAGGAAAGGUACAGAGCCAUUACUAGCGCAUAUUAUCGAGGGGCAGUGGGGGCCUUGCUUGUGUACGAUGUGACCCGACAGGCCACAUUCGAGAACGUUGAGAGGUGGCUCAAAGAGCUCCGGGACCACACCGACCCCAACAUUGUGGUCAUGCUUAUUGGUAACAAGUCAGAUCUUCGCCACUUAGUGGCUGUCUCAACUGAAGAUGGCAAGUCCUUUGCUGAGAGAGAGUCCCUCUAUUUUAUGGAGACCUCUGCCUUAGAAUCUACUAAUGUGGAGAAUGCUUUUGCUGAGGUUUUGACCCAAAUUUAUCGGAUUGUGAGCAAGAAAGCUGUUGAUGCAAGCGAGGAUGUGGGGCCCACAGCUUUGCCAAGCAAAGGGGAGAAGAUAAACAUUGGUGGUAAGGACGAUGUAUCGGCCUUGAAGAGAAUCGGGUGUUGUUCGAACUAGGGUUUUCGGGUGGGUGUGUUAGGGUAGGUUAUUUGAUUGAGAUUGUUUUGGAUGUAUAUGAUGGUUUGUCUCUCUCCGUGGAGCUGAUUUUAUUAGGUUGAAUGAGAGAGCUGGAAGUUUUUUCUUGUGACUCUGGUUUUGAUAAAGGUUGGAGGUAAGAGUUGGAGCAGGUAGAGUGUUCAUUUGAUGCGCUUGUAGCCCUUCCUGGUGGGGAAGUUGAAUUUGAUAUUUGUUUUCUUUUGACAAGGUAAGAAUGGGCUCUCUCUCUCUCUC